AUGACCCCAGCGGACAACACCUACACUCACUGCACAUACAGUCUCAGGAUGUCAUCGCGCAAACCCAGCAAUUUGCGCCUACCGUACACCUCCGAGGCGCCUGCAAUGCCGACUAUGACAGGACACAUCCCGCAACACUACGAGCACGACAAUGCGCUUCAGAUCGGCUUUGAUGAUCUCCAGGGAUUCUCUCCCGUUACACAAAGCUUCAACAUCAACGCUUAUCGCACGCCAUACCCCGACAGCAUCGCAACAUCCACAUCAUCAGCCACAUCACCCGAACGCACCAAUGCAAGUCUCCUCACUGAUCCGGUUGUUGUCGAAGCAGAAGAAGACAAGCGAAAACGCAAUCAAGCUGCUUCCGCACGCUUCCGGCAGAAGAAGAAGCAGCGCGAGCAGCAGCUCAUGGAGACGAGUCAAAGGAUGCAAGACCGGACCAAGAAGCUUGAAGCCGAAAACGAUGGGCUCAAGAAGGAGAACAUGUUCUUGAAGAAGCUGCUCGUCGAGAAGGUGGAUCACAUGAGCGAUGAGGAUCGGGAGUUGCUCAAGAAAGCCGCCGAAGGCGCGCUAGCUGGAGUGAUUGGAAAGAAGUCUUGA